AUGCAUGAAGAUUGGCUUAAAGGUAUUGACAAAUCUUUAAAAAAUCACAGUCAGUCUAUUGCUGACUACAAGAAAAGUAUAGAUUUUUUACAUAGUGCUAUGGACGUACAUGAUGGAAGCAUAAGGAACUUACUUAAUGCUAACAAUAACUUACCAGGAACUAUUAAAGCAUUUAUAAAGUCCUUUGUAAAACCUGGUGCUCUAACAUUUAGGUCUUUGAGAGCAAGAGCAUUGAAGUCAAGAGAUGCAGAAACUCCAACAGAACCUACAGAAGGAACUGAAACAACAGAAACUCCAGAAGAACCACCAAAACCAACAGCUAAUGAAAUAUUGUUCGAAUAUUUUCCAAGGUACUCUGUUCUCAUUGCAUACAUUCAAGAAAUACUUAAGAAAGCAGACUUGACUUUAGGAGAUGAUGAAAGUUCUGUAAAUCUUUCGUUCCAGUUUCAAAUAGCAGAACUUUUGAGACAGAUAUGCUUAAUGUAUGACAACAUCUCUGAUUUCACAAGAUAUGAUGACGACCAUGACCCCGAACACGGUGAAGAAGAAGUUUUACAAACAUCCAUUAAGACAGGAAAGGUUUUAACUCAAA